CUGAACUAGAAGCUCCAGUUAUAGUUCCUCAUGCUGCUCAAAAAAAUGAUUCCAGGUAUUCGUUUGAAAGUUUAUUCCGAAGUCUUCAUUUCUCUCUGAUGGAUAAUUCAUGUAGAGAAUAUUUAUUUCUGGUGGAUUUCUUCAUGGUAACAGGAAACUCAGCUCAGAAUCUCUUUGAUUCCGUCAUGGGAAAAACUCUCACCAUGUUUAUGAAACAAAUGGAAGAGUAUGUUCAUGAUUGCUAUGAUUCUAUAGCUAUAUUUCUAUCAAUACAUAUCAUAUUCAGAUAUAGAUCUAUUAUACAGAAACGUAAUGUUAGUGGUCUAGAUAGAUAUUGGGAUGCGUUGUUGAAGAUAUUAUGGCCGAAGUUUGAACAGAUUAUCAACCUGAAUAUACAGAGUGUACGAGAUUGUGAUCCGUCUAAAUUAGGUCAAAUAGAUGUACGACCUCAUUAUAUAACGAGACGCUAUGCUGAAUUCUCGGCAGCUAUAGUCGGUAUUAACCAGUCUUUUCCCAAUGAACAUGUUGAUAAAAUACUGGGUCAACUUCAAGCAGAAGUGGAGAAUUUUAUUUUAAAGAUGGCAGCGGAGUUCCCCCAGAGAAAAGAACAACUGAUAUUUUUAAUCAACAAUUACGAUAUGAUGCUGGGAGUACUGAUGGAAAGAACAGCCGAAGAUUCGCGAGAGACGGAAGUAUUUAAAGAUUUAUUAAACGGUAGAACACAGGAAUAUAUAGAAGAGAUAUUGUCACCACAUUUUGGAGGAAUGAUAACAUUUGUAAAAGAUUGUGAAGUUAUUUUAGAACGUGGACAAGUUGAUAGUUUAAAAAAGGAAGAAAAACGUGUACAGAUGAUAGUACGAGGGUUUAACAGUGAUUGGAAACGAGCGUUAGAAUUAAUCAACCAAGAUGUAAUGAGAGCGUUUACUAAUUUUAAAAAUGGUACACAGAUAUUACAGGGGGCGUUAACCCAGUUGAUUCAAUACUAUCAUCGAUUCCAGAAGGUGUUAUCACAGGGUCCGUUUAAAAACUUGCAGAUACGUAACGAACUAAUCAAUAUACAUCACGUCAUGGUGGAGGUCAAAAAAUAUAAACCUACAUUCUAAAUAUUUUAAGUUUACCAGGUGGUUUCUCGCUUGGCUAAUUCUAUCAAGAGCUUUGACCUCUCUAUGGAACAUUCAUAUUAUAUGGGUACAGAUAAAAAUAGAAAGAUUAUUGAAGAUCAUGAACUUUGGCACAGGAAUCACUGUACUGUUCAUUUACUUGUGUGAUCCUGUUGUACCUGGGAGGUAUCUAGCGUGAGUUUACCUGCCAAGAGGACAGGCCAUGGAUCC